UAAGAGACACCAUCAAGAGAUUUUAAAAUUUGUGUGUGGAUAAAUUGGGAAAAUCUUUCCAGCUUUUAGCAUGAUGUCUUACCUCAAACAGCCCCCCUAUGGCAUGAAUGGGCUGGGGCUGGCAGGACCUGCAAUGGACCUUCUGCACCCUUCCGUGGGGUAUCCGGCCACUCCUCGGAAGCAGCGCCGAGAACGCACUACCUUCACCCGCUCGCAGCUGGACGUGUUGGAAGCGCUUUUUGCAAAAACUCGCUACCCGGACAUAUUCAUGAGAGAGGAAGUGGCACUCAAGAUCAACCUGCCAGAGUCCAGAGUCCAGGUCUGGUUCAAGAACCGCCGCGCCAAAUGCCGGCAGCAGCAGCAGAGCGGCAGCGGCGCCAAGGCCCGGCCGGCCAAGAAGAAGUCGUCCCCGGCGCGCGAGAGCUCCGGCUCGGAAAGCAGCGGCCAGUUCACGCCGCCCGCCGUCUCCAGCUCGGCCUCGUCGUCGUCGUCGUCCUCCAGCUCCAACUCCUCGGGCCCCGUGUCGGGCGGAGCGGCCCUGAGCAACCCGGCCGGGUCCGCCGCCGGCGCCUCGUCGUCGUCGUCGUCCGCCUCGCUGAGCAGCGCGCCCUCGGCGGCGGCGGCGGCGGCGGCCUCGUCCAUCUGGAGCCCCGCGUCCAUCUCGCCCGGCGCCGUGCCGGAGCCGCUGGCGCCCGGCGGGGCCUCGUGCAUGCAGCGCUCGGUCUCGGGCGCGUCGUCGGCGGCCUCGUACCCGAUGUCCUACGGGCAGGGCGGGGGCUACGCGCAAGGCUACCCAGCGCCGCCGCCGCCGCCGCCGCCCUCGUCGUCCUACUUCGGCGGCGUGGACUGCGCCUCCUACUUGCCCAUGCACGCGCACGCCCACCAGCUCAGCCCCAUGGCGCCGUCGCCCAUGCCCGGCGCGCACCCGCACGCCCACCACCCGCUCAGCCCGGGCUCCAGCCACCACCACCACCAUCACCACCACCACCACCACCAGCCGGGCUACGGGGGCGCCGGGCUGGCCUUCAACUCCUCCGACUGCCUGGACUACAAGGAGCCGGCCCCCGCCGCAGCCUCCUCCUGGAAGCUCAACUUCAACUCUCCAGACUGCCUGGACUACAAAGACCAGGCCUCGUGGCGCUUCCAAGUCCUGUGAGGUGGCGG